ACAACCCAAGGCUGAACGCUCCCGCGGUAAGGAACCGUGAUGCCAAUAAAUGGGAAAACAAAAUUAAUUAGAGCAAACAAAUAGCAGGAGUUAGCCAGCAUAUACUCAUACUGUCUUUGAGACGUCUCCAUCUUUAAUCCAGAAAGAUGCGACUCGCAUGGGAUGCUUUUUCUGUGCUCCAUGUAUUCCUCAUCUUCACUUGACGGAAGAGGAAUGGAGACACUCGCUCGCUCUGUGUGAUUCACCCUCCUGCCGCAGCAAUGAGUAACCUGUUUCAGAACACCUCUUCUUUUAACCUGGAUGUGCUGGAGGCGAAGAAUGUGUCGCCUGUGCCGUCCUGGGAGCUAGAGCCUGUGCCCAUCAUCGUCAACCCAUGGCACGUGCUGUUGUGUGUGACAGGCACGCUCAUGUCCUGUGAGAACGCAGUGGUGAUCGCGCUGAUUGUCUACACGCCCACCUUGAGAGCACCCAUGUUUGUCCUUAUCGGAAGUCUAGCGUUUGCAGACCUCCUGGCCGGCCUGGGCCUGAUACUCAAUUUCAUUGUCACCUACAUCAUCGAUUCAGGUUUUGUAUCUUUACUGUCUGUGGGGCUUCUCAUUACAGCAUUCUCUGCCUCUGUGUUAAAUAUCCUUGCAAUCACAGUGGACCGAUACUUGUCCCUAUACAACGCAUUGACGUACCAUACUGAGCGCACGGUGGCUUUCACCUACAUCACUCUGAUACUCAUGUGGGUCAUCAGCACCACUCUCGGCUCACUUCCUGUUUUAGGAUGGAAUUGCCUGGAGGACGACACCACCUGCAGCAUCUGUCGACCCGUGAACAAGAACAACGCCGCGGCACUCGCUGUGUCCUUCCUUAUGAUUUUCGCUCUCAUUCUGCAGCUGUACCUUCAAAUCUGUAAGAUCGCUUUUCGGCACGCUCAGCAGAUUGCAGUUCAGCGUCAGUUCAUGACUACCUCACACUCGUCUUCCACCACGAAAGGGGUCUCCACCCUCACCACCAUCCUGGGCACCUUUGCGCUCUGCUGGAUCCCACUCGCCAUGUACUCACUGGUGGCGGACAUUCGUUCCCCUGUGAUAUACACUUACAUCACAGCUCUUCCAGCCAUCUGCAACUCCAUCAUAAACCCAAUGAUAUAUGCCUUCAGGAACCCUGAAAUUCUGAGAUCUUUAAGGAUUGCUUGUUGUGGGUGCAUGCCUUACAGAUUAACCAUGCGACCCAGGACCCCCAGCGAUGUGUAGCACGUCUUAAUGGAAGCACAAUUUUGGCAGUGACCUAUCUAUAACGUUUAAAAGCACAUAUCAUGUAUGUUAUCCAGUGGAGUGAGGGUGCACUUUUCAUAUGGGUUGUUUGGUAACACUUUACAUUAUAGUGUUCAUGUUAGACACAAGUUGCAACAAUUCAUUAAGGAUAAUUGGGUUAUUCCUGUUAUGCUGUACCUUAGACAAGGAAUAUGCUCUUAUUAUGAUUAAAGAAUGGCAGGAAAAUGAACAGGAAACUUAAAGAUGGAAAUACGUAAGGGUGGUAACUUGUGGUUAUACAGUAAUAGAAAAUUAUUUUUACAGUAAUAAUAGUAACAGCAAGGUUUCAAAGAUAAAGUUACUGCCUAGUCCCAGACUAAAUGGAAUGUUUAAGCUGUUUUAACUAAAAAUAACAUGCCCUGAAAUAUCUUAAAACAUAUCAGUACCAUUGUUUUGUCUCAAGGUAUACACCAGUAAUGUAAGUUUCUAAAGCGUUCAAAUAAAAGUGACUUAAAUAUCCUAAUUUAAACUAAGCCUUGUCUGUAAACCCGAUCAUAAGUGACACAAUCUUUACAAUUAAUAUUAAUUUGAAUUAGUUAUGAACAAAUGUACUAUAACAGAGUAUAUUUAGCCAUAUAUGCUGGGAAAAUAAAAAAGUACCACAUAACAGGAAUUGCCCAACAUUCACAGUAAUAACAAUGUGAAGACCAAUAACACAAACCUUCAUACAAUAAUAACAUAUGUAUGCAGUUCAUUAGUAUUACUCAGUAUUUAUGUAAAUUUAAAGUUUUGUGAACACUGCAAUACCAAGAUUUCUGUUGUGUGGUUGCAUAGAUAGAUGUUCUCUAUGCAUUUAGAUGGUAAUUUAGUCUUGGAUUUAAAUCAAUAAUUGAUUAUGGAAUAACAUGGUAUUUUCCAGAUACACUUAACGUAAUUGUGAUCAUCAACAGGGUAUAUAUAAUAACCAGUAUGUAGCAUAUACUAUAUAUAAUUUCAUUGCCUGCAAGCACUGUGGUGUACGUGCAUUCAUUUCUUCACCAUUACACUAGAGACACUUGAGAGAAUGUGUUAUCUUAGGUUUGGCAAUAAUUUUCAUCAUCUUAAAUAUUCAACAUUACGCAUUCCAAAAGAAUGUUGUGUUUCAGAACUAUGGACAGCGCAGACUACUGACCCACUGCAUGGUAUUUCUUUCAGACUUUAGAAAUGAAAUGUUUGAACAAAAUAAGCAAUUAAUUUUUCCUAGAAAUACAGCCAACAACUGCCUUACAAAUACCCCUAUGGCGCAUUGAAGGAUACCUUUUAUCCUUGAUUGUUUGUCAGGAACCCCACCAGUGGUGCAUUUAAGAAACCCAUACACAUGUCACUGGCAACUAUAAAAUCAAUAAUGCAUCAUGCUCAGUUAAAGUAGUAUACAUAAUUGAAAGUGUACUGAGGUCUGUUUGGGAUCUUGAUGUUUUGACUGUGAUCGAAAAAGUGUGUUGUUUUACCACACAUUUUUAUAUUUAACACAUAGAGAUAAGCAGCGAUAAUCGUUUUAUGUAAAACAAUACAGACAAGAUAUUUGGUAAUUUCAUUUAUGCUAACACUAGUUGAAUGAUGGACCUAAAGGUUGUCAAUGUUUUGUGGAGUACUCCAUUUUUCUUUUUGUAAGUGAUACAGAACUACAGGGAUACAAAACCGUAUAAUCCUGGGUUUGAUGAGUAUGUGUAAUGUUAUCAGUGUGUCUCAGACAAAAUUGUUGGUUUUGUAGAUGCAGCCAAAGAACCAAUUUUAAUAUAUUGUUUGGAGAAAUUAAUAAUUACAAUAUUAUAUCCAGCGUAAUAUCAUUUUUUGAAUGUACUGUCUGUUGUCAAGAUUUUGAUUAAAGCGGCUGUAAUUGUCUCAGACUGACCAUCUUUGUAAAACAAUCACAAGGUCUAACGAUGAAUGUUAGUCUACAUAUACACAAUAAUUGUUUUCUGUGUAAUGUUGAUAUAGAGUCUAUUUUUUAUACUGCAUAAGAAAGUUUUAUUCGAUGUAUGUUGUUGAGUAAUGUGUUUAAAAUAGACUUUUGAUAUGUCUUUUCUGAUGGUUAUAUAGAUGGCAUGCCACAGUGCCAAACGUUCUCUGGCUACCAUUUACACCAGCUAUGAAUGACUGUGUUCAGAAUGGAACUUACCUACUGCUUCCUGUGUAUUAUAUACUGUAUGCUAGAAAGUAUUGUAAACAUAUUAUGGAACUAUAAAUACACCACAUUUCUGUCAUGUAACCUCAUCAGCUGUCGUGUUUUUUGGCAGUCUGAUCAAAUAAUGAGUAAAUUACGUUCAGUUUAUUGAACAUUCAAAGACAUUUAAGUCGAACACAAUGCAUUGUGGGAUACAGUUCACAUUUUGUUGUGGUCUUGUGGGAUUUGCAUAUAAAUACACAGUUCUGCAAAAUAGUACGCUUUUUCUUUCAUGUGUUUGAUGCUGUAAAAAUGACUUAAACACAACAAGCAUUUUAUAUGCAUAAUGUGAUGUACAAAUCAUUCACUUUCAUGCUUAGCAGAUUUAAUAGGCUAUUCAUAAC